AUGGAUACCAGCGAAGGACAAGUAUAUUUGGCUGUAAAUCAUAGGUCAAAUUUGACAAAUGUUUACGUUAGCGAUGUUACUGGAACAAAAUUUACUCUUACUCUUGAUAAUGUUUAUGAUGCCCCAGAAGUAUUUUGGCGUCUUGGGCGACCGUAUGUUGAUUUCUAUAAAGUCAACAGCAUGCUUGGUACUUACAUUGCUAAUAAAGCGUCUCCUCGAAGUAGAAUUUUGCCAUCUUAUACUCUUAUAACCUAUGAUGCUGGUGGCAGUUGGCGACGUUUGAAAGCUCCUAGUGUCGACAGAAAUGGGAAUUCUACUAGAUGUUCAUUGCCAACAUGCUCACUUCACUUAUCAAUGAGUUUUGGUAGGCUGUUGGGGUAUGACUCAUUAGUUUCUUCGAAAUCAGCUCCUGGUCUUAUCGUAGCGACUGGAAAUUAUGGUAAAAGCAUAAGUUUCUUCAGAAGAAACACCUUCGUCUCAGUAGAUGGAGGCAUUACUUGGAAAGAAGCUCAAGAUCCAUAUAGAGACUACAUUAUUCAAGACUACGGUUCAUUGAUUGUCUCCUCUGGUAAUAGUCUUCAAAUAAAUAAAACCUACAUACAAUACAGCUGCGAUUCAGGAUUAAAUUGGAAGAAACUACUUAUUGCUAAUCAUAGUCUGUACAUAGUUAAUCUACUCACUGAACCUGGUCAGAAAACGUUGGUCACUACAGUUGCAGGGACUGUACUAGUCAAUAGAACACGGCAAUGGAUAAUCGUACGAUUAAAUUUUACCGCAUUGCUGCCACGGAUGUGCAAAGCAAGUGAUUAUUUUAAUUGGUCCGCUAGCGAUCCAUUUAGUGGAAAAAACAAGUGUUUAUUAGGACAAAAGCAAACGUUUAGAAUUCGGAAGCAGGACUCUUGUUGUUAUAAUGGCAAGUACUUUCAGCCAUUUACCCAGAGAACAAGCUGUGUUUGUACGAGGGAGGAUUUCCAAUGUAAUUAUGGCUUUCAGCCAGUCAGCACUGGUAAUUGUACUAUCAUUGCUGUUGAUCAGUCAGCAUGCGAUGAUGGUUCUAGUAAUUUUACGACUGCAAAGUAUCGUAAAGUACCAAGUGACAAAUGUAAAGGUGGAGUUGAAAAGGGGAUGCUGAAAUUAUAUACCUUUCCCUGUAAGGGUGAUGCAUUAACGCCUAUUCCUCCUCGUCGAAAGCCAACCAAUUUGGGAUUGUAUGUAGGUUUACCUGUUGGUAUUCUAGCAUUCGGAAUAGUUCUUUGGGUCUUUUAUAGAUACGGUAAUCCGAAUCGUUCUUCACCGUAUACUCGUUUGGCAAGGCUAGCUGGUGACGAUGAUGGUGAAGGUCCUAGUGAUGAUGAUGGUGCUGAACGUGUGAUUGCAUCUACCAGAUCCGCAUUCAAAGCAGAUGAUUUCGAUGAUGAUGAGUUAUUAGGUUCGAAAUCGAAUAUAGGCCCUACGACUCCAGCAAAUGCCUGAUUUUUUGUAUUGAUUAAUUUUCGUGUACAUUUUGUCAUGACGUAGUCAUUAGUCCGUCUUUAGUUACUAGCUCGAAUACAUUGCCCUUUUUUUAUUUCAUUUUAUGCAUUACUACUUCGGUAUGCAGUGUUAAUAAUAUGACGUAAGGUAUACAAAUAGUACAAUAUUAAUAUAACAGAUAAAUUGGUGCAUAUGAUAACCACUAUGCAACGUAAUGUUUCCAACCUUCAUUUACAGUAGUAUUAUCUAAAUAAUAAUCAUCAUUCAUAUCUUUACCAUUUCUGUAUUAACAGCCAAGCUGCAUCUGUUACAAUUAUUACUCUGUUCGUCUACGAUGAUUCGAUCUGAUGUAAACGUUUUAAAGGCUGUCUAACUACCAGUAUGAUACGCUAAGAAUAUAGUGGUACAAUUUUGUGUAACCGUAUCAUUUGUCUGUAGCAGCUCUUAACUGAUUGUUUUCAGUUAUUAGUAGAUAUAAUUAAUACUUUAGAGACCUGGCUAAUUUUCGAUUAGAUUUCUAUAAAUGUUUA